GCGCACUGACUCCCUCCCUCCCAAUCUCCCGGCGCGAGAGGAAGCGGCGGCUCGGCGCGCUGGAGCUGCGCGGUUUAACCAGGCCGCGGGGACAGGCAGACCGACAAGGCCGGGAAUAUACUCUCAUCCCGCCUCCUUUAAUGGCGGACAAAGACGGUGACCGUGACAGAGGAGCGCCGGCUGACACCACCGUGCGCCCGGGCUCUCCGUUACCGGCAGCGCAGCCGCUGCCCGAAGAAGAAGAGGAAGAGGAGGAGGAGGUGGAGGAUGAGACGACAACAACAACCAUCACUACCACCACGGCGGCAGCGGCUGCGGAGGACGAGGAGGCCGACGAUGGUGCCGAGCCGGGGAAUGGUGAGGCCGCCGCCACCGGCCCUCCACCGUCGCUGCUGCUGCAGACCCAGGAGUUGGCCUCCAAGCGGGUGGACAUCCAGAACAAGCGCUUCUACCUGGACGUCAAGCAAAAUGCUAAGGGGCGCUUCCUGAAAAUCGCCGAGGUGGGCACGGCGGGCCGCAAGAGCCGCCUCACCGUCUCAAUGCCGCUGGCGGCCGAGAUGCGCGAUCGCCUGGGCGACUUCAUCGAGCACUACGCGCAGCUGGGGCCUGGGGGCGGCGGCAUCGGCGACGCCAGCUCCCGCAGGCCGCCGCAGCAGCAGCAACAGCACCACAAUCAGCCCACGCCGGCUCCGACCUCCCAGCCGCAGGUCCCGCUGCAGUCUCGGGCCCAGGAGGGGCAGGGCGAAGCGCCUCCGCCGCAGCGGGUGCUGAAGAGCGAGUACUUGGUGAGAGAGAACCGCAAGUAUUACCUGGAUCUGAAGGAGAAUCAACGCGGGCGUUUCCUGCGCAUCCGCCAGACCAUGAGCCGAGGCCCGGGCUGGGGCUACUCGGGCCAGGGACAGACCAUCGCCCUGCCCGCUCAAGGCCUCAUCGAGUUCAGGGACGCUCUGGCCAGGUUGAUCGAAGAUUACGGUGUUGGCGGCGGGCCAGGCCCGGGAGGAGGAGGAGGCGGCCUCCUGGGCGAUGGCGCCUCGGCUCUUGUGCCGCCCGAGCUGCCCGAGGGCACCUCGGUACCCGUCGACAACAAGAGGUUCUUCUUCGACGUCGGUUCCAACCGCUAUGGGGUGUUCUUGAGGGUGAGCGAAGUCAAACCGGCUUACCGCCACUCCAUCACAGUCCCCAGCAAAGCCUGGGAGCGAUUCGGCGACAACUUCAUCCGAUACGCCGAGGAGAUGAGGGCAAUCCAAGAGAAGCGCAGGGACAGGAGGGCCGAGAUGUCCAGGGAGACCGUAGCAAACAGUGAAGAGGAAGAAGAAGGAGAUUGACAUCCAUACAGCCUACCAACAGAAAUAAGACUGACUUCUCGUAAAACCUUCAUGGAAAAUAUGUGCAUCAAUUCUCUACGUGAACAGUUACAGCCUGCCUGCUGUAUCGCUUGACCUGAGCAUUCCUAACUCUUUCUGUUUUUGCUUAUGAAUGAUUUGGUUCGGAACAUUCGUCAGUUAUUAACCAGUUUGGGUGAAUUUAUUGGAAUUAUUUCAAUUGUCUUUUUUCCCCAGUUAGUAUUCAGUUUAAUUUUAUAAUUCGAUUAAAUAUCACCAACCUUUUAAUGGAAGUGAAACAAGCAAUUUUUUGCCAUUUAGUUAACGUGGUGCUUAUAUCAAGUGAGUUGGGUGAGAUUGUGUCUGUACUUUGAAACGUAGGUUGUUAUAGCUGACAAGAGUCGAUCCAAAUGUUUUUUAUCAGAAAGUUGCUGUUAGUAAACUUCAAAUACAAUUGUCUGCCAACUUUCUACACGUGUUUCAGUUAUUUUAGUUUGUAUACUUCUCUGUGGAGAUAUUUGCACAUCUGAAAUUUGAAGCCAUAGUGCAUUAAGGAUAGAGUUAACCCUUUAUGGAGAUUUUGACGAUACUUCAUGCAGAAUCUCGUUUAAUCAGCCUUUGUGUUAAAGUUAAAAGAAUCUUAAGAUGCUGUAGAAUCUAGGAACUCUAUUUUUCUUUACAAGAAUGCCUGCAUUAUCUUUUAGAAUGUUAAUCGUGAUAGUUCACUUAGGAAUAUUCAACUGAAAUUCCGCCAUGAUGUAGUUAUUUUUGGGGAGAAAAUCAGUUCAUCUUUUUGAACAGAUAAAAAGUUUACUGAGAUUUGAGAAUACUCGAUCAUGUUAAAGCUGUUACAGAAUUUACUUAUUCCGUUAUGACAUGAAAUAUCUGGUCCUUACAAAUAUUGAUUUUUGUCUGAAGAUCUACAGAUCAAAAUGCAAUUAGUUAAUUUCAGCCACUUAAAACGAUUUUGUUGCUUUAUUUCAUUCACCUUUUUGCAUUGAGCAAUGUCUACCCAUGUGAAACAAUUCCUCUGUAAUGUUAGGCUCUUUAGAUCAUGUCAAAUGCUAUUGAUAAUGGAUAAAAAUAAUUUCUUUCAAAUUCUUUUAAUACAUCAAAUGGAUAAUAGUGAAUGGUUUUAUAUUUAUUUUAAUUGAUCGUGUUAUCCAUUGGGCUUAAAGGUUUAUGCCUGUUAGUGCUGCACAACCAAAGAGCCAAAUUGAAAAGAUUGGGAAGCAAUUUCCUGCAGAAAUGAAUGCUGAUACCAAUAGUAGCUGUGUUGUUCCUGGAAUCUCACUUGUGGGUGGAUUCUUUUUGGUUGAUUUGAUUACUGGAGCACUUUAAAUAUUACAUUCAAGAACUAUAAUUUUAUUUUGCAUGGAUGCAGACUGAGUUUACAUGGCGUGGAAUAGACUUGACUCUUGGCUUAUGCACUAGUAUUCAAGCAUUGAAUCUGAAAUCCUGAGAUAUGGCACAAGUACUGUGAAAUAUGGAAAGAGGAAGCAAAGGUUUGGAGAACUGAAUCUGUUAGGUUUUUUUUUUUGCACCAUUGUACUCCCAAUGUUCAGUGGCAGAAUUUAAUGCGGAAUCAAAAUCCCCAAUGAUUUAAUUGGGAAUUGUGGCCUAAAGACUUAGGAGAAAAGGGGGGUGGUUGUCCCUCUUUUUAAGUUAAGUUUUUGAUUUAAUGUGUUUAAUUUAUGUUUAUUUUUCAUUGUGUUUAGUUUCAUCUGAUUCCUAUUAAUAUUUUGUUUACUUCCAAUUUUCAUAUUUUAACUGUCUCAGAGAUGGAUUAAAAACUAUUAAAACAAAUGUGUAACUUUUGCAGGCUGUAAUGCCCCCUCCCAAUUUUGCAACUGUCAGAGGCUCUUUGGGGCAUUUUGAGGUGGAUUAUCCUUACUGUGCUGCAAAUGGCCUUUUGUCUUUCCAUGUCAUGCUUCUAGACUCAUGAAUUCAGGGGGCCAGCAAGAUCUGUCUGUUAUAUGCAGGCAUGGAAAGCACAGGUGGGGCUAGGCUAACAUUAGUGUUGCAGCUCCAUUUACAAAAUGUACCUAGAUUUGGGCCUUUAUGCAUGUUCUGGUGUAUUAAUAAGGUGUGAUGUUGAAGAUACAAAUAUGCUGUUUUGCAUGUUAUUUAUAGUAAUGUUCAUGCUGCCUUGUUAACAAAAUCAUUAUUUUUCUUGACUGAUAUUUAUGUGUAAGAGGAGGGAAAUCUUCAUAUGUAAAUCUUUAUCUCCUAUUAAACCUUGAUUUCACUGCAGAGUUGGAAGCAGAAUGGUACUGUGCAUUUUAUUUUGUGAAUGAGUAUAAAAUGAUCUAUUUAAAUCUUAACAAAUAAAAUUUUAGUUCAAAAGCGGAUUUCACCGCUAUUUAAAAUAGGUUAUUUUAUUUUCCUCUUUCUCUGUUUUGUGGAGAUUAAGGUAAAAAGUAAAAUUGAUAGACAUAUAAGGCAUUCAAUACAAAGCAAAUAUUUAGCCAUUUUGGAACUCUUUAAUUUUCAGUUAAAUUAAUGGGAAUGAAAAUCAACCAUUUUCUAUUAGCAACAACCGACCAAUAUAUGAAUCUACAAUUACAUGCCAUCAAUAAGUUAAAUAUCUACCCCUGUUUUUUUAAAUAUAUUUUCAAACAUUUAAUACAGACGAUAUAGUUCAUUGGCAAUUGUAGUUGUGGAGUUCUUUUCCAUACCUAGAGGAUAAAGUGUGGAUUUGGUAUGUGUGAAUUUAUUUUCCUGUCAUUCCAUCUUUCUCUGUUGGAUUAUUUUCUCUGGAGACCUGAUAGAAGCAUAUAAAAUUACGAGGGAUAGAUGGAGUAGACGUAGUCAUAUUAACAUGGAAAUAGACCCUUUGUCCCAAUUCAACCAUGCCAACCAAGAUGCUUCAUCAAAGCUAGUCCCAUUUGCUCAGUCAGAAUUUUUUACCCAGGGUGAAAAUGUCAAAGACUAGAGAGCAGGGCUUUAAGGUGAGAGGGGUAAAGUUUAAUGGAAAAAUGUGUGGCGAGUUUUUGCAGAGUGGUGAGUGCCUUGAUCAUGCUGCCAGCGGUGGUGGUGGAGGCAGACAUGAUAGUGGCAUUAAAGAGGCUUUUAGAUGGGCAUGUGUAUGUGCAGGGAAUGGAGAGAUAUGGAUCACAUGCAGGCAGAUUAAUUCAAUUUGACAUCAUGCUCUCCACAGAUAUUGUGAAGCGAAUAGCCUGUUCUUUUGCUGCUCUCUUCUAUUUCCACAUUCUUGCUGGGUCUAUUUAUUUUUGAGAUCCAGAAAAUAUCCAUGAGGCAUUAAAAGCAUAAAUCUGCCUCAUGCACUUUUAUACUGCUGUACAGUUAUGGUCAAAUGAAUAUAUUCCAAUAUUUUCUGAAUUAUAGGUGCAGGAAACUAAUGGGUUCUUCUUUAAAAUACUUAUUAAGGAAAUAUAUAUAACCCCUUUUUUUUGGCUACCUGGAUCGUUAUAACAAUAAUCUAAUACAAUAAUCUAAUCUUUGUGCUCAGACAUUUCAGAGGAAAUUGCUCUAAUAUACAUUAAAUGUAGAAGGAUUUGUUCCAAUGCAACCAAGGAUUAAAAGAUUUUAUAAUUUGUAAAUACAUAAAUUAUGUGCGUGGGAUUGAAAGCGUGUGUCCUCUUACUAUU